AUGUCGACUUCAUCGGAGAAAUCCACGUUUUCUCAAACAUGCAACCUCCUCAGCCGAUACAUCAAACACAAUGGUAAUUCCGGUAACAUAACAAACGUUGUUACACCAAAGAAUCUUACCACUAUGGAUUUCUUAACUCCAAUGUCUAUGGUUAAGGAACCGAAAGGUAAAGCGGCACAAUUGACUAUGUUUUAUAAUGGACAAGUUAUUGUUCUGGAUGAUUUUCCGGCUGAAAAAGUGGAAGAGUUAAAGUCAUUUGCCAAGACACAGACACCGACACAGUCUUUGGUUACUCCGGUUCCGAAACUACCUUGUGGGACAAUUGUUGUUGACAUGCCAAUUGCUAGAAAAGCUUCACUUCUUAGAUUCAUGGAGAAGAGAAAAAACAGAGUUGCUGCGAAAUCACCCUACUAUAAAACGAUUACAACCGUUUCUGAUCCAGUGAAGGCUUCUGAAUCGAUUCCAUGGCUUGUUUUAGGAGCUAAAUCAACGUGA